GUUUUCACCCAAGUCCAUAGUCGAGUUCGAGUUUCAGAACUUUGAGUACUAAAAGUCGAUUAAUCGAAAGUCGACUUACCUAUCCCUAGGGUAUUAAUAAGAAUCUAUUUUUUGUGGUAUAUUUUUUGAUUUUAACAAGAGAAUUCUUCAAAAUCAAGUCAUUUACAACCCACGCAUUCAUUUAUUAUCUUACUACUUCUAAUUUUUAAUUUUCUGUGUGUCACACGCUAUCGUAGACGCGAGAGGUACGUCUUCGAAGACACAUCCAGUGAUUGAAAACAUUUGAUUUAAGAGCACCAGUACUAAGUUCCGCCCUCACCGUUCUGUAACAAUGGCCAAUGUCUUGGAAAAUCAAUUAGCUGCCGUUGCUUCAGUAAUAGAAAAGCAAUUGGACGAUCAAUUGGAUCGUUUGGAAAAUUUAGACACUGACGAUUUGAAGGCCAUUCGUGAGCAACGUAUGAAAGAAAUGAGAGAAUUAAACCAAAAGAAACAGGAGUGGCUGAAAAAUGGUCAUGGCGUUUAUACUGAACUCGCCGAUGAAAAGGAAUUCUUUGAAGUGUCAAAAAAAUCACCCAACAUUGUGUGUCAUUUCUAUCGCGAUUCAACAGAACGUUGUCGCAUUGUCGAUAUGCAUUUGAAGAUCUUAGCUGGGAAACAUGUUGAGGCCAAAUUCUGCAAAGUUAAUGCUGAAAAAUCUCCCUUUCUAACACAACGUCUGCGCAUUAAAGUUAUACCCACAAUUGCCCUGAUAAAGGAUAGCAAAACAAAAGAUUUCAUUGUGGGCUUUACCGAUUUGGGCAAUUGCGAUGAUUUCUCCACAGACAUGCUGGAAUGGAGAAUAGCCCAGUCUGGAGCAAUUGAUUAUAAAGGCGACCUAAUGACACCACCCGACGUCAAGAAGAGGGCAUACAUCAAUCGUCCUAAGAAAACUAUACGCGGUGGUUAUGAUUCGGAUGAUUCCGAUAUUGAUUUCGACGAUUAACCGCAUUAAUGUCGACGACCGUAGUGCAAAUUGAGUUUAAUGUUGUGUUUUGUAAACAAAGAAAAAGAAAAGAAAAAACGGAAGAAAUAUUUGAAAUAUUUAUUAAA